UGGCCAUGGCUCAUGUAUCUAAAGGAAUUACUUUUCACAUUUCGACGAUGGUAAUUUUCAGAUCCGUGCACCCUUCUCUUCAUCAACCCACACUUGUGUGAAAUAUCACAAAACACCCCCUCCAUUACUACCAUGCAUAAGGAGGCCUUCAUCGAGCAAUAGAUGCAUGUUCAUAUUUAUCUAUUUCAUAAGAUUUUCACAAAUUAUGUUUGCAUUUCAAUGUUGGUACACAACAAUCUACAUGAAUGAAUGCUGUCACGUUAAUGGGUGGCUAUAGAGACGGAAACGUUAACCCAGUACAAACGGACUAAUUUGUAAAUAUGCUGACCACUAAGACACUUCCGACUGGUUUCUAUACGAGGCCGAGGUUGUAUGACACGGCGAAGUAGUUUUGGAUAACUGAAGUCGGUAACGAACGCAACAUAGCGGUGUGCCUAUAAAAUAACGUUUUAAAUCACUGCAUAUGAUCUGCUGUGACAUGGAUCAAAAACAGGGAGGCACAAAGCAAAUGGAAUAAAUGUGAGCUGUGCCAAAAGUGCCGCGGGAGAGAUGCGUGCUUCUUGUCGCAUUGAAAUAUAUGGAAGAGGAACACGCACAGAUCAGAGAACAUAUGCAAAUUAGAGACAUCGAUUGUUAAUAACGUAAAUGGGCGUUGCCAUGACACUUGAGUGGAGGGGAUGAUGGCUUGAGGCGCCCGAUGCAGUGGCAGCCAAAGGAGGGUAAACAUCCCAGAGGGAUGACCACCGUGGAGCGGGAGCAAUGAGAUUGGCUCGUGUGCAGGAUCUCGAUAUAUUGUUACAUGCCGAGGCCAUGAGUGAUGGCGAUGACUUGGAGAGGCCUUCAUAUAGCAAUGAAUGGAUCAUGGCUGAUCCUAAAAUGUCAAAGACAGGACGGUUCAUUUAAAUGGUUUUAAGUCAAUGGAAUCUAAAAUUGGGAAGAUGCAGUUGUUUUGCAGUGAUCGUGGACUUUCUAACAGUUGUAAUGCCGCAUAUAAACAUUACUCAAAAUUAGGAAGCGGAAAAUAAAAUAUUCGCAUCUCAUGCAACUUAUUAUGUCCCCCUUACACGAGAGAUCUCUCUCAGCACAGCUUACAAAUGCAAACGCGUGUCAGGAUGGCGCCGCGUAACAGACGGACGGAGAUGUCUUAGCGCACAGUGAAUGGGUUAAGUAUCCCCGCUGCUCACUGGAAUGCAGCCACACCUGCUUAUUGUGAACAGCCGAGGAUCCUGCUACACGGCCUUGAGGCUUUUCGGGGCGGAAUUGUGCUGAAAUCAGUAGGAGCCACCGAUCCAGUUCGCCUGCCUGCAGUAGCAAAUGCAGGCGCACCCCACACACCCUUAAGACAUUAAGUAUUUAUCUCGCGGGGGGGGGGGGGGGGUGGUUGGAGCCCCGAGCACCAUCUCUGCAGCACUGGCAAGCGGUGGUGCAAGUAGUAGCAUGGCGUGCCUUGGCUGCUGGACCUGCCGAAAGGCGGAGUCUGGCUAUGGAUCUGAAGCAAAUCUGCGCCGCCAUGGCUCCAUGCUGUCAGUCACUUCUGCUACGAGCAGCUUCUCGGCCACUUCAACCUCUUCCUUAAAGAAGGGGCGCAGCCUCAGGGAGAAGUUGUUGGAGCUGGAAACGUUCCGGGACAUCCUGUGCCGCCAGGUGGACUCGCUACAGAAGUACUUCAACGCCUGCGCGGGUUCCAAUGACUACCUGCACCGGGACGCAGCGGAGCUGGAGGAGGAUGUCGAUGACGAUGAUCUGCCUACGCCACGACCUAAUGGAGAGGUUCCGCCCAACAGCAAUGGCAGUAAGGACAAAGUGUUCCCACCUCACUUGCCCAAGGGAAUGAAUGGGCUGGAUUUCAAAGGGGAGGCUAUCACGUUUAAGGCCACCACUGCUGGAAUCCUGUCCACACUGUCACACUGCAUUGACCUCAUGGUGAAAUGCGAGGAGGGCUGGCAGAAGCGUCUGGAGAAGGAGCAGGACAGAAGGAGACGCCUGGAGGACGCUUACAGAUACGCGAUGGACAAGCUGACGACAAAGGCUUACAUGGCAGGCCCGGAUUUUGAGGAAGGGCCCAACAGCAUAAUGAACGAUGAGGAAUUCUACGAUGCCGUGGAGGCUGCAUUGGACCGGCAAGACAAGAUCGAGGAGCAGAUCCACGUGGAGCGGACCCGCAGCAUCGUGCCUACCUCCAUCGCCUCCACGGAGACAUACGCGUCCGUGGGCAACCACCGCUUCUCCCAGCAGUUGGAGGAACUGAUUCAGAAGCACAUGGAGUACUCUCUUCAAGAUGUUGGAGGUGACGCCAACUGGCAGCUCAUCGUGGAGGAGGGCGAUAUGAAGGUUUACCGGCGGGAGGUGGAGGACAAUGGCGUCGUGCUGGACCCUCUGAAAGCCACGCACACCGUCAAGGGCGUCACCGGCCAUGAGCUGUGCCACUACUUCUGGGACGUCGGCGUCAAGAAUGACUGGGAGACAACCCUUGAAUCCUUCAGAGUGGUGGAAACACUGGCAGACAACACCGUUAUAAUAUAUCAAACACACAAGCGGAUAUGGCCGUCCACGCAGCGAGAUGCACUGUACCUGUCCUGUCUGAAAAACGUCUCCACUGCCAAGGAAAACUACCCUGACACGUGGAUCGUCUGCAACCUCUCCGUUGAUCACGCAGACGUGCCCGUGACUGGAAAGUGCGUGCGGGUAAAGAUCAACAUAGCCAUGAUCUGCCAGACGUUCGUGAGUCCACCGGAAAAUGGACAGGACAUCAUGCGAGACAACAUCCUCUGCAAGAUCACCUACGUGGCCAACGUGAACCCUGGAGGCUGGGCCCCGGCUGCUGCCCUGAGGGCCGUGGCCAAGCGGGAAUACCCCAAAUUUCUCAAGAGAUUCACUACCUAUGUCAAGGAGAGGACGUCCAACAAGGGCAUCAUGUUCUAGAUGCGGGUCUAAUGAAGGCCUGCUGAUGACCUCACUGCAUAUGGAGCUUGAAGUUCGUGUUUUACUCGCUGAAGUCUGUACAAGCCUUCAACGGCAGGACAUGCUUUCUUGAGGAUAUCUCAUCCAGCCGGUCACAUCAGCCAUGCAUAUCCUUGUCACUUUUUGCACAACACUGACAGUGCUGUAUAGUACAACUUACACCUGUUAAUCUCCCCUCAUUGCUUUUCUGUUCCAUGUGCUUACCAGUGAUCGGUUUGGAAGCUGAUACAGCAAACCUCACAGAGAAUAUUUUUUUUAUUGCAUUGGAAACUAAUGGAUUUUUUUAGGUUUUGGGAUUUUAUAAAGGUUCAAACUCGGUGUCUUACCAAUAGGUUAUUGACUAUUCCAUUGAUUUUAUAUCUUAUGUUUUACAAAUGUCUUUGUCAUUUUCUAUAGCUAUAGGCCAUCCAUGUAGGUUUGUGUUUUGCAUUAAGUAGAUGAGCUACCAAGCUAUGCUGUUGCCAAAUUGCUCAUGUUUUGUUGGCUUUGAGGCUUUGAGGCACGUGGUUGUAUAUGUAAGGUGAACUUUAGUAGGUGAUAUUGCUGCUUUCCACCGGAUUGGAAAUUUGAUAACGCAAAUCCACAGCGCUUGAAAACAGCUUGGACUGAACAUAGAGCUCACAGUACAACGUACACAUUCAAACAAGACUCUUGCACGUUAGCGGUGCACAGUUUAGCGUUGUGAAUCAAACAUGUCCCGCCUAAAAUGUAUAUUUUAAGUGCUCGUAUAAAAGAUGCAAUUUAAUAACAUUGUCCAACAUUACAUUUUAAAAUUUAAUAGUAAAUGCCAAGGUUUUUUUUUUCCUACUGAAACUCGCAUACCUUGUACAGUUUCUACUUUUGCCUUAACCAGCAGUGUGACUUGGCUCGAGUGAGAAACUCUUGCGAGUCCUGAUGGGCUUGAGUCCAAUCAUCCUCGCACAUCGUCACGACUCCCUAUGGCUAGGCAUGAUUCACACACGCAGUGCAUUUCAUGACACUUGUGUUGAAUGAUAUAUCUGAUUUAAAAAAAAGAUAAACGCAAUAUAUAUGAAAACAAAAAAAUCGUACUGUAUCCUUCCUAAUUUCAUCAUGAAAUAGCCAGGAAGCACUUUGCAUUACUUCCACCUUUUGGGGAAAAUUAAUAACAUCUUCCAUAUCGGGCACCUGGUGUAUAUUAUGCGAAUAGCACCAUGGACAUCAUAAUGAGAUGUGUAUAUCUGGGUGAAAUUUUGUUGUUGAACCUUUAUCUGUAUACUGCAUGAUUAUAGCCCUAUAUGUUGGUCAGUGAGAAUUGAGACUCAUGUUGUAAACAAAAACUGUCGUUGGAUGUGGCCUGGUGUCCUCGACUCCCCCGGGGGACAUUCUCAGCCUUAGCUUGGAGCUGGCUUGCUAAGUGGUAGAGAGCAAAGUCUUGGAGACUGCCUUUAGCCCUGUAAUAAAAUAACAAACAAUCGUAAUUCUUGGGGUUUUUUUGUGUGUGUUAGAGGGAAAAAAGGUAGAUUGAGUUGAAAAGAUCAAAAUGUUCUGCAUAAAGGUGGAACUGGGAUAUUGCGAAUCUCAAUAUACCAGUCAAGACGCUGGGUUAGGAUAACGUAAAGCUGCUUUCCCUAGGAGGACAUGAAAAUAACAAUUUUAAAAUUUCCGUUAUGUUUACCACUUCCGUGGCACUACAACCAUUAAUCGCAAGAGUGGGAAAUACUUAAUGUAUCACAGAUGUGAUUACGGGUGUUUGGUGAUGUAAGCGAACACAAGUUAAGUAAGCCGAGUGUUGUGCAGCAUUGUGCUGUUGUUACAAUGUGCCCUACAGCGAGCUACAUGCAUUGUACAUCUAUUUGAGAUUAAUGUUAUAUAGAUUGCACCAAUGUACCGUUAUGUAAAGCUGACUAAUAACAUCCUUUUUGCGUAGUUCAAUUAAAAACAUUUUAUUUUUGUAACUCAAUGUUUUAUUUUCAUAUCAGGAACAGCAGCUUUUAGCCCAAACACCAUCAGUUAACACUGUAGUAAUUAACCCCGCAUAGUAUUGGUGUAGAAAAGUUUUUAAAAAAAGAUUGCACCCAUAUAUGAUUUAUACCGUUUUAAAGGAAGAUGGACGUGUGUCUACCUUCAAUGGCUGUAUGACCAAUGACGAUAUGGGCAGUGGACAUCUACGUACGGGCUAUCUGCCCAUGGAUCGUGAUGAUGACGACAAGCAGUGUGUGAGAUGCGUACCAGCUUGCUUCAGGUGGUAAAGAGCCUUGAGACAAGAAUAACGAUGCGUAAAGUGUUUGUGGAACAUUUGUAGUUGUAGACAAGAUUUCCACAACACUUCAUUUUUUUUACAAUAUCCUUUGCAGCCUCAAAUGAUUGACCAUAUUGAACAACUCCCAUUGAUUGUAUAAAUCUGCUACACCAUAUGAGCUGGAAGAAACCAAUAUAACAUUUUCUCCCUGCUUUUUGUUAAUUGUAAAGACAUUUAUACGUAUGAUAACUUGCGUUUAUACACGGCACAAUAUCUCAUACAAGUCUAUUACCUGAAUACCAAAUUACCCAUGAGUGCUUGUACCACCUCUGGUGCACUUACACUCAAUGGGUGGCUUCAGCCCUCGUUAGUAAAAUGAGUACCUCUCUGGGAAGUUAAGUGUUCUUUGUAUGAACAGGAUGGCCUCCGCCAUGGGAAUGUGGAAUUUCGAAUUUCAUCAUUGUCAUCAAGGCUGUCAAUUGAGAUGAGUGAUGUUCCGUUAUUUGCGGAGGGAGACGAUUUUGCCUAUAUUAAACGACCCUUCACACUUGAUCAAUCACAAUUUGGCAUUAAGGACUUGAAUAUGAGCUUUCGGAAAUUCAGUAUUCACCAACCACGCUGCUUUUAAUCAUACAUAGUACAGUGUUUCACACGCGUACAUGAAGGUUUAAAAUGUAAAACGUGUGGACUUUACGAUUGCAUUUGGUAAGAAAUAUAAUAUGUAAAAUUGCAAGACGUAUUAUGCUACAAUUGGGCAUUUUAUUACAGAAUCUGAUACGUGUAAGAUGUACCUGUAAAUUCUUUGUUCGUCUUUUAUUUACAACUUUUUCUGAUAAGAAGCUUUUUAUACCCACAUGUAUAGUUGGUUUCUUGCUGGUGCGCACUGUAAAUGGAGUUUGCGUUGUGUAGAAUUAUUGGAAUUGCUGCAAGUCACUUGUCAUUUGAAGAAGUACAGUAUAUAGAGAGAUUAACUUUAAAGUCGUAAGUUUAAGAUACUUUAGAACGUCAUCUGUAAUACUUUAAGGCGCACCGUUGAUUACUUUUAAAAUUGCGUUUAAUGUUGUAAUAGCUUUCUUAAUAAGUAGCUUAAGUCCCCUUAUUUCAAUGCACAUUUGCUGUCUGUUGUGAGUGUCAGUGCUGCAGUGCCACUUUGAAAUUAUCAGAAUAAGCAACCCUAGGUCUCCCUACUAAUACUACUACCGUACCAGUUGUUACAGAACGCCAUACAUGUGGUGUAUAUUCCUUUAACCGGAACCUGUGCUAGUUAACGCUACCUUGCUCUAAGCACGCAAGUACGGCAUUAAAUUGUGCAGAGCGCCACCUCUUGGGGGUUUGAAUUGUCAUAAUCCACUGCUGCUUUUUAAUCUGCAGAGGCAUAUUAGAUGCGUAAUCUAUGGAUAAAGAAGACGCGAAUUCCAAAUCCCGUACAGCAUUUAUCUUUGAAAUUUAUUCUGCUGUAUUGUGGCCUGUAGCAUGUCCUGUAGAUUGUGUUAAUGAUUGAAAGCCUACGUUACUUGUGUUAAUGUGUGAGUUGAGUACGUUUUAGUUUUUACCUGUGGGAUGAAACAUGUUAUUUGAUGUUAUGUGUUUUUGCAAUUAUCUAUCGUUUGUAGGUUUGUUUUAUUUUCAAUGUGUACACAGUUGGUGGGCUUAUAGCAAGAUGCUUGGUGAUGAAUAAAAUGCAGUUCUUGUGGUCUGCCUUUACUCUGCUGUUAUAUUCAUGCCACCUGUCGCAUCAGGCAAGUGCCUCCGCUCAAAUUACGUCAGUGUCAAAACUGGCGACACUGACUACAACUGGAAGUGUGUCUGCACUGUUUACCAUUUCGAUUUGUGAAGGGGCUAAAUGUCGGAGGUUGCAGUAACUAGUGAAAUGCGUACGGUACUGUUGGUGAGAGCACAGCUGUAGAACUAACUCCACGAAGCUCAAAGUAGCCAGAUGAAAUGACGAUCGCAAUGGGAAUUUCAUCUCGCACGUAACAUUUUUUUUAUCCUGUGGAUUGAAUUUGAAAUUGGUUCGUAUUAGGCUGGUGUCAACCAAUCGACAUGAAGCUUUGAGAAGUAUCUUUAAUUAAGUGGCAGGCUUUCCUGGUCACGCAUACACGCAUUCUGCAUAGCCGAAAGAAAUAACAUCUCAUGCCAACUUGCACUAAGUAAUGUAAAUACACUUGUUGGGGGUGAGUUGGUGACCGGAUUGUUUCUCCAAUUUGUGUUAAGGUCGUGACUUUCCUGCGAGAUGUAUCUGGCUUUUAAGGAGGGGGGUGUGGGAUCUAUAAAUGACGAUAAAUAUUUUCAAAUGAGAGAUUUUACUUAAACCUACAUUGGAAAGUUUUGUUUAACACCCUUUGGAAUUUAAAUAAGCUGUUGGUGCUUUGGGCCUCGUUGUUUACGAUAACAAUGAACAUUUGGUUUAUAUAAAUUUUCUUAAGAAUUAAACAAUUAUUUUAUUGUUUCCCUUCUACGUGACUUUGCCGAAAGAACUAAGAAUAUGAAUCCCUGCAGUCACGAAAGCUUUAAAUCAAAAUUAAACAUUUGUUAAGAGGUUUUUAAUUGUGUGCCUUGUUAUUUUAUUUAGAUAACAUUGUUUUUUGGUAAAAUUUUGUUUUUGAUUCCAAGACAUUUGCUUUGAUUUUCGGUCCGAUCGUAAUUCUAAAUACUGCAUAACUAAGAAUUUUCAAAUAAACUCUCCGUUCAAACGUU